CGCACAGGUAGGCGCGCGCGCUGCGGGAGCCCGACAUGAGGAUUUUAUGGAGAUUAUAUGGAUACUCUGCUAGGCUACUGAAAACUAAACUUUUUAGAACAGCUGCAUCAAAUACAUCAUUUCCAGAAGUUUGGUUACUGCUGGUACAGUAUUUUGAGAGAGUACCUGGAUUUUUUUGGGUAGUUCAGAGAAACAGUUUCUUUACAAUGCCUGAAAUUCUAGAAAAUAAAGCAGAUCUUGAACUGUAUUCACCUCAUCCUGAAGUACGUGGAAUGACAACACUUGACAGAGCAGCUUUCAAAAGGACAAUUGUUGUUCCAGUUCUAAAAGUGAGAAAAGAAGUAAUAAACAAAUUGUUAAAAUCCCUCAAACAUAUAAUACUGCAUCGCCCAGGUCUGAAGCGAGUGAUUGAUGAUCCAAAAGAUGAAGACAGACUUGUUUUGUUGGAUCCUUAUAAAAUAUCAGCAGAAUAUUCACUGGGAGAAUCUGAACAAGAAAUAUUAAAGCAGUUUAAUAUUGACCCUCAGGUGUCCAAGUAUAACUUGGAACUGACUUACGACAAUUUCAAGACUGAGGAAAUCUUACGAGCGGUGCUUCCUGUAGGUCAAGAUGUCACUUCUGGAUUUACUAGGAUUGGCCAUAUAGCUCACUUGAAUCUUAGAGAUCAUCAGCUACCCUACAAACAUCUGAUUGGUCAGGUUAUAAUUGACAAGAAUCCAGGAAUCACCUGUUCAGUAAAUAAAAUCAAUAUUAUUGACAACACUUAUCGAAAUUUUCAAAUGGAAGUGCUAGCGGGAGAGGCCAAUAUGAUAACAAAGACUAGAGAAAACAACAUCACCUAUGAAUUUGACUUUUCUAAAGUCUAUUGGAAUUCCCGUCUAAGCACAGAACAUGGCCGUAUCAUUGAACUUUUAAAGCCAGGUGAUGUUCUAUUUGAUGUUUUUGCCGGGGUUGGGCCUUUUGCCAUUCCAGCUGCAAAGAAAAAGUGCAGCGUAUUUGCAAAUGAUCUCAACCCUGAAUCCUACAAAUGGCUUCUACACAACUGUAAAUUAAAUAAAGUGGACAAAAACAUAAAAAAUUUCAAUAUGGAUGGUCGGGAUUUUCUUCUGGGGCCAGUUAAAGAAGAGCUAACCAAGGAACUGUCACUUCUGACAAAAGAAAGGAAAAACACUCUGCACAUAGUCAUGAAUUUGCCAGCUUUGGCUAUCGAAUUUCUAGAUGUUUUCAAACAUUUAUUAGACGGAAAACCAUGCAGCACUGACCUCCUUCCCACAGUGCACUGUUACAGCUUCUCAAAACAUGAUAGUCCAGCCAAAGACGUUCAAGAAUGGGCUGAAGUUUUUCUGGGAACUUCUUUAGAGGGACGCUGUUCUACUCAUCUGGUGAGAAGUGUUGCACCAAAUAAGGAAAUGAUGUGUAUCAGUUUCCAGAUCCCAGCUGAAGUGCUGUUCAAGAAGCAGUGUACUCAUGAAGAGAGUCCUGUGGAACCAGCUUCUAAACGUUUGCGCCCAAAUGAAGACUCUCCUGAAGAAAAAUUGACUAGUUUAAAAGACUAGUUAAUACUGUUUUGGUUAUUUUGUGCAAGAGAGCUAGGUGGGAAAUCUACCCUCAAGUCACUGAAAGCAGAAUGGAUUUACCCCCAUACACCAAGAAAAUAGUCAUAAUGCAUAAUUUUUUUUUUUUUAAAUUCCAGGAUCAGUAACUAGACAGGAUCAUUUCUUUUAUUGCAGAGACUAUUAAACUUUUUAUUUUCUCAUGUUA